UUUUCACUCGGCGGUUUAAAAAGAUUACCCUUUCCUGUCGCGGCCUGCGUGGUGUCGGCUCUUGGGUUUCAGAGACCUGAAUAUUAAGAGCAUUUUUACACCCCAGGGGCCGCUAGUGGCGACUCUGCGGCCAUCACCAUGCCACAGAACGAAUAUAUAGAAUUACAUCGUAAACGCUAUGGAUACCGUUUGGAUUACCAUGAGAAAAAGAGAAAGAAGGAAAGUCGAGAGGCUCAUGAACGUUCAAAGAAGGCAAAGAAAAUGAUUGGUCUGAAAGCUAAGCUUUACCAUAAACAGCGCCACGCUGAGAAAAUACAAAUGAAAAAGACUAUCAAGAUGCAUGAAAAGAGAAACACCAAACAAAAGAAUGAUGAGAAGACUCCACAGGGAGCAGUACCUGCCUAUCUUCUGGACAGAGAAGGACAAUCUCGAGCUAAAGUACUUUCCAAUAUGAUUAAACAGAAACGAAAAGAGAAGGCGGGAAAAUGGGAAGUCCCUCUGCCUAAAGUCCGUGCCCAGGGAGAAACAGAAGUAUUAAAAGUUAUUCGAACAGGAAAGAGAAAGAAGAAGGCAUGGAAGAGGAUGGUUACUAAAGUAUGCUUUGUUGGAGAUGGCUUUACAAGAAAACCACCUAAAUAUGAAAGAUUCAUAAGGCCAAUGGGCUUGCGUUUCAAGAAAGCCCAUGUGACACAUCCUGAACUGAAAGCCACCUUUUGCCUACCAAUACUUGGUGUAAAGAAGAAUCCCUCAUCCCCACUGUAUACAACUUUGGGUGUUAUUACCAAAGGUACUGUCAUUGAGGUAAAUGUGAGCGAACUGGGCCUUGUGACGCAAGGAGGCAAAGUUAUUUGGGGAAAGUAUGCCCAGGUUACGAACAAUCCUGAAAAUGAUGGAUGCAUAAAUGCAGUCUUACUGGUUUGACAGCAAUUUAAUAUAUAAUUAGAGGACUACACACCAAUUGGAAAAACUGCCAUUACUGUAAUGUUUCUGAAUACUACCAAAUAGCCAUACAUGUCUGCAAUCAAGAGAUUUAUUGUAAACAUUAAAAUGGUCCCACUGUAUAAAUGGUCUUUAUUUUGAAAUCUACUUAGACCCUAUGUUAAUAAAACUGAUUGAAAAAAGCAAAUAUGCAAAUAUUCUACUUCAUCAAUAUCUGCAUUUAUGAAUGGGUAUUCAGCAAUACAGAUUCCGCAUUUCCUGGAAAACCACCAGUGUCAGUUGAAAAUGCCUUUCAAAAAGGUUAAUGCACACUUAAUUGUGUGAGCAUUUAACUUCAGUAUCUUCCACUUUAGUAUCUUCCACUUCAUUAAUUCUAAAAAAAAUAUAGCAAUACAUGAUGUUAAGGUUAUAGUGUUUACGCUAAAAGUAUGUGAGAAGACACACUAAAAGUUCAGAACUCUCAGAGAAAUCUUUUCACUUGUGAAAUCCUUAAUUUCUGAGUACUGCUAGCAAAGAUCUAGUGAAUUCAUAUUCUAAACCUUUGUCUCAUUUACCAUGUAUGUAUCUACUUGGCACUAUUUUCUACUUGAUUCAUGAAAAUGAAAAAAAUACAUUAGUCUUUGUACUUUCUUAGCAUUUUCUGUAUUCUAAACAAUAUAUUUAUUCUUUCAAAAUGUUAUUAACAAUUAGUUAAGUAACUCCAGCUAACUUUUAAAAGGAAAAGACAACUGCACUGAUUGUGAGGAGAAAUUUAUUUGCAGUUACUUAGAUGAUGUAAAAAGGUAAGGUUUUAGAGUUGUAACUUAGUGAAAGCACUGUUGUGAUAUGUUGUGGCUGUAAAUUACAUUAAUUUAUAAUCACCACAUUGUUUUAAGUUGUUUAUUUUUUUAAAGUCUGUCUUCAGAAUACAACCAAUGUGAUUAA